ACCAGGCAUGCACACAGUGCACAGACAUACAUACUAACACCACACCCACACACAUUUAAAAAUUAAGUUUUAAGAGAAUCACCAAGGUCGGGGAUGUAGUUCAGCUGGUCACCAAAGGCCGUGCAUGUGGCUCAGUUGGUAUAGUAGCAUAUACAAAGCCCUGGCUUGGAUUCGCAGCACUGCAUAAAUCUAUCAUGCUUACAGUCUCAGGGAUUUGGAAGAUUAAGGAUUGCUCGAGCCCAGGAGUUAGAGACCACCUCAGUUGACAGUGGAGACUCUGUUGCAAAAUCAAUCAAAGGACUUAAACAGGGCUUAGUGGCAUAUGCCUUUAGAUCACAGCAAUCUGGAGAUGGAGGAGGGGCAUUAGAACUUCAAUGUUAUUCAGGGCCAGCCUGGGAUACAUGAGAUCUGGCCUCCCAACGGUGGAAAGGAAUUCCUCUGAAGACCUGUGUGGCUUACAAAGCCCUCUAGUCAGAAGGGGGUAAUAAUAGUUACCACCUCACAGGAUGAACACCAGAUGAGAUCAUGAGCCUGGAUGCUCUGCAUACUGUGGACACAUGUGGGAGCCCAGUAAGUAGUGGCCUAGGUAUCCCUCACCCCUUGGGCCAAGCAUCAGCCCAGGCCCCUAGCACAAGCUAGGUGACAUAUUCAUCUGGGCUCACAUUCGCCCUUUCUCUCUUGGAGAAAUGUGUGCUUUGAGGAGCCUCACCAUGCACCCACCAUCAAUGGCUCAGAGGCACAACUUCGUCCUGAGUUUUGCACUUCAAGCCUGGGCUCCUCCUAUUCCAUCCAGUUCCACUAUGCUGUCUCUAUUCUGAACAUCCCCUCCCAUCUUGGGGCAAAUGUACUGGGGGAUGGGAGCGUCCUAAGACAGUGGAGCAGGGCAGGCCCUUCUCCUAGGAAUCUAGGAGGACGUCAGAGCUAACCACCUGCUCAGAAGCUUAAAUUUCCCUGCAGAGGCCCUUGGCUAAAUUAGGUAAUGGGCUAGGACUCUGGCAGGGGUGGGGCUUGCUGACCCCUGGAUCUGAUUGGUCAGGGUAUCCAGUUCUGGGGAGCAGGGAGGAGGGAAGAUAGGAUGCCCCUACAAAUCCCGGGGGCUAGAGAGAUCUAGAGCACCUUUGGGUGGUGGAGUGCAAAGGAGACGGCGCAGUGCAGAGGAGUCCCUGUAACCAGCAACCAUGGUAAGGACAUGAGGGGACUUCACUCUUUUGUUCACAGGCUGCUUCUGGGCCUCUUUCAGUCCUAGAACCAGGUGUUCUGUGGGCAGCAAUGUGGACAUCUGAAGGUGGAAGAUAAGGGUUGCUGGAACCCAAGUCCUGUGGGGACAUCCUGGGAAGGCUGUGACUUUUCUUGCAUGGGGAGAGCUGGUCAAGAUGUUUCAGGAACUGAUCCUCAAGGCUGUGACAUCCUGGCCACCUUCUAAGGCUUGAGAUGGUGCUAUUCUAUAGCCAGGGUUGUGUGGAAAGGGUCUCAGCUUGUCUACUUCAUAAAAGGGAUGGAGACCUUGAGGGCAGGAAAAAGUCACCCAGCAAGGCAGAGGCAGUGUUGGCUUCCUAGGCCCAGCUGAACCUGUGGCAGCCAGAGAAGACAGGCUUCCUUGGACGACGGGAGGUCUGUGGGGCCUGCAGCCAACCCCGGUACAGGCCUGUGAGAAUCCUGAGGAUGAUGGGGAGUAGGAGUGUGUGACAGGCCAUGGUUAGAGGCCCUGACCGUCCACAGAGGACUGCCAUCUUCUUCUGAGAUCCUCCUUCCCCCUUCACUUGAAGGAGUAAUUGGACUCCAGGGACCAGCUGCCAUUGCCCAUGCCCAACUAAAAAUAGCCUACCCUCCUGGAUCAGGCCAAGGGGUGGAGGAGGCAAGAAGGACCUGGGCCAGCUGGCUGAAGAAUGCCUGGGGACUUAAUCACCCCUUCCUUACCACCAGGUCACCAAAGCCCUGACCUGGAUGGCCUGGCUUGCCUGUGACCUGGAAAAGUCCACAGAAACCUUCUUUUCAGAGACACAUGUCAACUUAUGCACAUGUGAGCCCAAUACUCAGGAGGCAGAGUCAGGAGAAUGGAGAACUCGAGGCAAGCUACUUUCACAUCAUGAGUUCCAGGCCAACCUGAGCUGCGUAGCAAGACUGUCUAAAAACCAAAACGCUGAAACAGAACAAACUUUCCUUAUGUCCACACCAAGGCAAGGCCCCAUCACAUUUGACAUGGUAUUUACUCCAAUGACCAAGUGUGAAAUUUCACCUCUGCAAAUCUUUUAAGGCGAAGCUGCCCGUGUCUUCUUGCGGUCUCAGCCUCUGAGCACUUAGCUGGUGUUCUGUGACCCUACAUUCCAUCAUUUAGUUCAGGACAAGUAUUCAUGGCCACCAGUCAAGCACCAAGCAGCAUUAAGAGAUAGGUGGAAACUGGAAAGUCACCCAGUGCUAACAUAUCCUAAACCUUUUACCACCCCUGGCAUCCUAUUAAUUCCACAAAGCAGCCCAGGAAGCAUGACUUGCCACAGGUCACCACUGGGAUGGGGGUUUCUUGGCUUGACUCUCAGAGGAUAGAAAAGUGAUAAAACUAUGGGGCAUAAUCUGUGUCCCAUCUCCUCAGCACUGGGGGUGGGCACUGAGGGGGCACCUGGGAGGUGCAGCAGGAGGGCCCAGGGGCACUUCCUGACAAGCCGAGGCGAAUGAGGAGAAUGAAACUGAGGUGAGAAUCUGCCCUUCUGUACUCUGAUUCUCUCUUUGUUUUCUCCAGACGGACCAACAGGCUGAGGCCAGGUCCUACCUCAGCGAGGAGAUGAUCGCUGAGUUCAAGGCUGCCUUUGACAUGUUUGAUGCUGAUGGUGGUGGGGACAUCAGCGUUAAAGAGCUGGGCACCGUGAUGAGGAUGCUAGGGCAGACACCCACCAAAGAGGAACUGGAUGCCAUCAUUGAGGAGGUGGACGAGGAUGGCAGCGGCACCAUCGACUUUGAGGAGUUCUUGGUCAUGAUGGUGCGCCAGAUGAAAGAGGAUGCGAAGGGGAAGAGCGAAGAGGAGCUGGCAGAGUGUUUCCGCAUCUUUGACAGGAACGCAGACGGCUACAUUGAUGCUGAGGAGCUGGCUGAGAUUUUCCGGGCUUCUGGGGAGCACGUGACAGAUGAGGAAAUCGAAUCCCUGAUGAAGGACGGAGAUAAGAACAACGAUGGCCGCAUUGACUUCGAUGAGUUCCUGAAGAUGAUGGAGGGCGUCCAGUAAGGAGCCGGCCUUUGCUUCCACCCAGAUCGCAGGUCCCCCGGGCGUGGACAACUCCACCCUUGCCUUCCCCGCCCCUCCAGGGAAGGGUCGCUCCUUCGGGCUUUGUGGCUGGAAGGAAUAAAAGCUGACAAUGCAAA